GAUGAACCGUCGCGAAACAAAGCGAUCUCGCGUUCUGUCAAGGUGAAGUCCACUUAAUCAGCGGUGGUCUCCUCGCGUCAGUACAUCCGUACUGGGAGUGAAGAUCGGAGGCAAAAAUGGCAAAUCUGCUGCUGAAGCUGGCGAUUCUUUGUGUGCUACUUGGCUUAAACACGAUUUCGUCGCAAGAAACGGGUCCAUGUUUGACGGCUGGUGCCAAACCCGGAAGAUGCGUCGAUAUCGAUCUUUGUCCAUUUUUACGAGAUUUGGCCCAAGCUGCAGUGCUCUCGAAACAGGAACAGCUGUUACUGAAGAAAAGAAUUUGUGGAGAACGAAAGGUUUGCUGUGAGGAACCUUCCAGCGUAACUUCCGAACCACCAAUAACUCCUGCCAGUAUGACUAGAAAGCCAAUCGUUACAAGUCCUCCAACUAGGACUCCCACUCCUACUCCUGGCAGGAAAAUGGCCCUCCCUGGAACGAGCAUCUGUGGACUUGAUACCGUAGGUGAGAAAAUUUUCGCUGGUGAAAGAACCGAACUGGAUCAGUUCCCAUGGGCAGUUGCCCUUGAGUACCGAACUGAGGAUCCAGCUGCUGUAAAAUGUGGAGGUUCCCUGAUCAACACGCGUUACGUCAUUACCGCUGCUCACUGCGUGAAACAUGUUCAAAAAGAAGACAUAAUCGCUCGGCUUGGUGAAUGGAACUUGGAAGCUAACCCGGAUUGUGACGAUUACAAUAAUUGUAAUCCGGAAGUUAUUUACGCAGAGAUUGCAGAAAUCAAAGUACACCCACAAUACCGACAAAGGCAGAACGAUAUUGCAUUGUUGAAAUUGAAAAAAUCUCUCAACAAGGAUUACUAUGUCCACAUCCGACCUAUUUGUCUUCCCGAAUCGGCAGAUCUCAUGCAGAAUUUGUUCAUCCAUCAAAAUGUGUCCGUUGUUGGGUGGGGCGGCACAGAAAUAGAGCCCCGCAGUCAAUUCAAGAUGUACACCAGUCUGGUGACGAUCAGCGUGAACGAAUGCCAGGCCGAGCUGCAGCAAACUUUGACCAAGCCAAAGCUGUACGCAAAUCACAUCUGUGCCAAAUCGGCGACCGGAUUUGCACGGGACGCUUGCGGAGGCGAUUCCGGAGGACCCAUGAUGGCUUCGGUGCACGGAUCCUGGUACCUGAUUGGGGUCGUUGGCUUUGGACCUCCGUGCGGGAAAACGCUGCUGCCGGGAGUGUACGCAAGGGUGACCAGCUACAUGGAUUGGAUCGAGGAUAAUCUAGUAGAUUGAAGAACUUGUUUGGUGGUUGUUCAUGUUAUUCGAGCAACUAACAGCUAGGAGUAGUUACUCACUAAACAAAUAAAUUCCUAUUCCGACCAACCAGA